GGGGCGUGUCUCAUGGGUGUGUUAGAUGAUAAAUGUGGUUGCACUCACCUGUUCACCGCACCUGAUGUUGAUGAGCAGAAAGGUAGGGUGAGCAUGAGGCAAAACUUUCUGUUGACCGCAGCUUGAAUGGUUUGGAAGUAUUUUGACUGUAACUUGAUGGUUUUUGUAUAUUUAUCCACUAAUUGACGCCAUAGGCCAAGUUGUUAUUUGGCAUACUAAUUGGUGCCAAUUGGUAAUUGGUGGUGAGUUGCAGUUAUUUGUUUGUUCAGUCUGUGCAUUUGUAUAGAGGACAGUUGCAUGUGGAAUAAAAGGAGCAAAUGUUACAGAAGUGUAUUUUAUGCGUUUAUUGUUGCGCGUCAAUUGCGUCCUCAUGUUUAGCCUGCCGCGGCCUUUGGUUGGAGGAGCCGCAACAAAUUGUCAACAAAACUUGUAGAUUUUAUUGGAUUAUUUAUAUGUGGAUGAGUUUUAUUGAUCAGAGUUUUAUGGUUUGCUGUUGCCUUUGUCCACACGCUUUUAGAUGAAGCCUUUGGCUACACAAAACAGAUUUCUUUCAGGAGUCUUAUUCCCCUGUUAGGUUUCAGCAGUACAGCUGCAUUAGGCAUUGUACUGAUUUGCUUUCUAGUUAUUGUGCAUCAGGCGGCUGAAGCUAUUGGCUUGGGAGUACUGCCGCAGUUUGUGUUUAAGACAGUUUGUCUUCCUCACAGCUGAUGGUAUGGAGGUACGUAAAUACCCACCGCUAGUAUGUACGGAAGACUAGGUUGAGUGAGUUAGGUUUAAUAGGCAGAUAGUGGGGGAUAUUGCUCCUGUUAAUUGUGUGUAUCCAAGGUUUUAUGAAGUGAAUGUCAUCAAGUUGAUGUGUUGGAAUGAAGCUGUGUGGCAUAGGUGCAGUUCAGUGUUUGGAUUUUGUAAUGCUUUGAAGAAAAAUGGAGACACACCAAUUAAUACCAUGUGUUGAUGUGGAUGGAAAGAAAAGCCAGCCGAAACCGACUGCUAAGGCUUUGGAGAGUCAGAUUGAAAGGCUUCAAACAGAACGUCACACUAAGAUUAAUAAAAUUAAAAAGGUCAUAAAGGUUAUUAAAGAGUUAAAGCAAUCUGAGGAUAAUGUUUCCACUGUUCAGGCUCAGUUAGAGAAUUUGUCUGUGUUGCUUAAUGAGGCAACUCGUCUGCAUGAAACCUUGCUUCCUUUGCUUCCUCAAGAAGAGCAAGAAAAACAAACUGCUUGGUUCAAAAGUGUGCGGGCACAUAAUACUAAGUUCAUGGAAGAGAUAAAGAAACGGCUUCAUGAUGCAAAGGGAAACCCUCAGAGUAAAAAUCAGGUGUCUGAGCUUGAUUUGCCUCAGUUAAAUCCAGCUGAUGUUAAGUCUUCUGAUGUAUUACCUGCUUCUAGGCACGCCGGGAAUGUUGGUAAAGGUGAUAGAUGAUGUUAAUCCAAGUGAUAGCAUCUCUAAUGUUGGAAACAAAAGUUGUAGGAAAAGCAAAUCAUCACUCAGUGGCUCAAUGGUUUCAUCUGCCUUAUCAGCACGCAUAAUGGCAGAGGCUGACAUGGCUGCCCUUCUUGUUCGACAGAGGUUGUUGAAAGAAAAGCAUGCUUUGGAAGAACAAGAAAUACAGCUUAAGAAAAGAAAGGAACUGCUUGACUUAGAAACUGAAAUAGCAGCCUCAGCAGCAAAAGUGAAUGUUUUAAAAGCUUCUGAAAUGUCCCGAGUAUCAAGUGCGGUUAAUGGUAAAUCCGAUGGAAUGAAUUCAUAUUUAGAACGAGAACAGGGGAGUUUAGGCGUUUCAAACCUGUGUUACCAGAGCGACCAUAUCAGGGUGUUGAUGCAAGUGAUCAUCAAGCGCAGGUAUUGGAUGUAAAGCCCAAGGUUAAAAAUACUUUUCAGCCCAAGGUAGUUUCAUUGGAACAGUCCGAGACGAAGCCACAAGUAUUUCCAGGUGCAGUUUCGACUACUCAGAUGAUGUCGCAGUCUCACAUACAAUCAAAACAUUUUACACAUACAGAGCAAGGUAGUGAGGGUCAUGAUCAUCUAGUCACCGUUUUGAAGAAACAAAAUGAAAUUACAACUUUAUUGGCUGAGCAGCAGUCUGUUUUUGCUACCGAGGCGUGACAUUCAGUUCUUUGAUGGUGAUCCUUUGCAAUAUCAAACAUUUAUGAGAGCUUUUGAGCACAUGGUGGAGAGUCAAGCUCACAGUGCUAAGGAUUGUUUAUAUUUUCUUGAGCAAUACACUAGAGGCCAUCCAAGAGAAAUGGUCAGAAGCUGUCAGUAUAUGCCUGCUGAGUAUGGAUAUGCUCAAGCUAAAUCUUUGCUCCAGGAGAACUUUGGCAAUUUGCUGAAAAUUGCUGCUGCCUGCAUUGAAAGGGUCAGUAAAUGGCCGCCUAUCAAAUCUGAUGAUGUGAAGGCUUUGCAGGAAUAUGGGUUUUUAUUGAGGCAAUGUUGCAAUGCAAUGGGAGACGUUGAGUCUUUGCAUGAGUUGGAUGUCUCUGCUAACAUGCAAGCAGUUAUAAAAAAGUUGCCUUAUAAGCUCAGGGAUAAAUGGAGGAAUGUUGUGUGCGAUCUGCAAGAGAGGUUUCAACGUAAAGUGGUUUUUAGCGAUGUUGUUGAGUUUAUCGAAAGGCAAGUGAAGAUCGCAAGUGACCCAUUGUUUGGAGAUAUACAGGAUCCUCCAACAGCCAUCAGAAAAGAGGUGAGGAAUGUUAAGUCUGAGUUUUACCCUAAGGCUAAGAGGAGUAGUUUUGCUACUACAGUGGCCAAGGUGGAAGGGAAGAUUGAGCCAGCGUUGAGGCGAGAGAGUGGUUCAGUUGUGACCAAGGUUUGCUUGUUUUGUGGAGCAGGACAUAUGUUGAAUUUGUCAUUCAUUUGAAAGAAAGUUGCACUGUGAAAGGUUCUCUUUUUUGAAAGAGAAUGGUGUGUGUUUUGGUUGUCUGCGCAUUGGGCACAGAAGCAAGGACUGCAGGAAACGUCUCUUGUGUAAAGUCUGUAAUCAGAAACACCCCACACUCUUACAUAUCCACUCAAAGCAGAGGGAAAGUGUUCCAGUGCAAACUAUAGGAGGGGGAGAAUCACCAGAUGAAGGUCCUUCAUGUGCUGUGCAAAGCAGUGGUGUUACUGGGGCCGGUGAGCAAAAUAGUGCUCUAUCCAUAAUACCAGUUAGAGUGAAGUCCAAGAAAGGUAAUCAGUCACUGAUAACCUAUGCUUUUCUAGAUCCUGGGAGCUCAGCUUCAUUUUGUACUGAAGGGCUCAUGAAUAGGCUGAAUCUUUCAGGAAGGAAAGCUGGCAUUCUGUUGCGGACAAUGGGUCAGGAGAAAAUGGUCAGUAGUUAUGUUGUUUCAGAUUUGGAAGUAGCUGGUUUGGAUUUGGAUCACUACUGUGACUUGCCUGACUUAUUUACUCAGAAAAGUAUGCCUGUACAUCAAUGUAAUAUUCCCCGACAGGAAGAUCUGGAUAGAUGGUCACAUUUGCGCCAUAUUAAGAUACUGGAGAUAAAUUCCGGGGUAGACCUGUUGAUCGGGACCAAUGUGCCCAAGGCUUUAGAGCCAUGGGAGGUUGUUAGAAGUCAGGAUGGUGGUCCCUAUGCAGUAAAAACUAUGCUGGGUUGGACGGUGAAUGGUCCUCUCAGAGAGGAUCGUAAGACUGACAUUUUUGAUGUGAGUGUCAAUAGGAUUUCCGUGGCAAGAUUGGAUGAGCUGUGGGAACAUCAAAUGAAGGCUGAUUUUUCCAGAAUGUAUUCAGGAUGAGCAGUUUGCUUUGUCUAGAGAAGAUCAGCAGUUUAUGAAGUCAGUGAUGGACUCGGUUAAGUUGGUUGAUGGUCAUUAUACCAUUGGUUUAACUUUUAGGUGCAAUCAGGUAAAAAUGCCAAAUAAUAAGGUUGUAGAACAGCGAACUAUGAGCCUUAAACGGAUGUUUAUCGAGGAUGAUUCCUGGUUGACAGGGCAAAAGUUUCUUGCUGAACCAGAGAUUAAGUGGCCAGUGAAACUUGAUUUUGGAAAGAUCUCGUCAAAUGAUCCAGAGAUUAAAAUGGCCAUUCUAGUUAAUGCUGUUGAUGCAAAUGAACACAAGAGUGCAUCAAUCAGGGACAUCAAAAAGGCCUACAGAAAGCUGGCUUUGCAGUUACACCCCGACAGAAACCAAGACGACCCGCAAGCCCUGGACAAGUUCGCAGACUUGGGGGCAGCCUAUGAGGUCCUCUCAGAUAAGGAGAAAAGGAAACGGUAUAACAUGUAUGGAGAGGACGGGCUCAAAGAGGGUCACCACAGCUCUCACAGCGAUAUCUUCUCCAGCUUCUUUGGUGACUUUGGGUUCAUGUUUGGUGGCAACCGACAGCAACAGGACAGGAAUAUUCCCAGAGGAAAUGACAUAAUACUAGACCUGGAGGUUACACUGGAAGAAGUGUACUCUGGGAACUUUGUGCGUGGUGAACGUGAGUUGAAAGAGGCAGUGGAAGGAUGGAAUCGGGCACAGAUUCAUGAGAUGCUGCUGCAAAAGGGCAUAAAGUGGAUUUUUAAUCCUCCUGCUGGUUCCUAUCAUGGCAGUGUUUGGGAACGUCUCAUAAGGUCUGUCAGGAAGGUGUUAAAUUCUGUUUUGAAAGUGCAGAACUUGGAUAAUGAAGGCCUUUGUACAGUUCUUUGUGAGGCAGAGGCUAUUGUGAACAGUAGGCCAAUAACCAAAGCUUCUACUGAUCCUAAUGAUUUGGAGGCCUUGACUCCUAACCAUCUGUUGCUGCUUAAGACCAAGCCAUUGAUGCCACCAGGAGUGUUCCAGAAGGGGGACGUGUAUGGAGGCAAGUACUGUACAUGUCUGACCUGUUCUGGAAGCGCUGGGUUAAGGAGUACCUGCCCCAGCUUCAAGAGCGUCAGAAGUGGCAGAGAAUCGGACGGAACUUCAUUCCUGGGGAUGUGGUUAUCGUUGUCGAUGAUUCUGCGCCUCGUAACUCUUGGGUGACUGGAAGGGUUGUGGAAGCAUUUCUGACGGUAAAGGACUUGUGCGUCGGAUUCGUGUUAAAACAAAGACUGGUUGUUUGGACAGGCUGAUCAUUAAAGUGUCUUCUACAGGAAGCAGAAGAGUCAUAAAGAUUGACUUUUUCAAAUGUCUAUUUGUAUUAAUGUGUAUUUGCUUAUUUUGAAUUGAAAUUGUAUCUUUGAACAUUUGAUAAAGGAUUGAUCAUGUUUAUCAAUAUGUCUCCUACAUGGUAAGUAUGAUGUAAUUAUUGCUCUAAAAUAAUUAGGGGCCGGUAUGUAGGAGCCAUAUGAGUUGCUCUUUUUUGACUAAGUGGGUUGGUUUAAAUGGACUCAGGUGUAUUGGUGCAUGGGUAUGGGGCGUGUCUCAUGGGUGUGUUAGAUGAUAAAUGUGGUUGCACUCACCUGUUCACCGCACCUGAUGUUGAUGAGCAGAAAGGUAGGGUGAGCAUGAGGCAAAACUUUCUGUUGACCGCAGCUUGAAUGGUUUGGAAGUAUUUUGACUGUAACUUGAUGGUUUUUGUAUAUUUAUCCACUAAUUGACGCCAUAGGCCAAGUUGUUAUUUGGCAUACUAAUUGGUGCCAAUUGGUAAUUGGUGGUGAGUUGCAGUUAUUUGUUUGUUCAGUCUGUGCAUUUGUAUAGAGGACAGUUGCAUGUGGAAUAAAAGGAGCAAAUGUUACAGAAGUGUAUUUUAUGCGUUUAUUGUUGCGCGUCAAUUGCGUCCUUAUGUUUAGCCUGCCGCGGCCUUUGGUUGGAGGAGCUGCAACAGCCAUGUCUAUUUACCUCAUAAAACAUUCCUGUUACUUUUAUUCAUUAAUCCGUCCCAGUGAGACCCUGUCAUAGAGCAAGAGGUGGGGUAGGGUCUGGACAGUGUGCAGCCAGAACAGAUAUUUAUCAUUCAUAAACCAACGGAAAUGAGAGACAAUGAGUGGAAAUAAAGACACCUGGUGCCAAUCAUAAAGGUCCAAUCAGGACUAAACAGGUGUUACCUUAUCCACUCUUCAAACAUCCAUCAUGAAGACUCUGUAGCUGUCUAAAAUGGGUCUGCCUAAAGACACAACAGCAUCUGUGCCAGGAUGAGAACACGGGGCAUCAAAUCCAUCAAAUUGCUCUGAGCUGAACCUGAAAUGCGCAAACAGAGGACAUAUUCAGAGGAGCUCACUAUAUUCUGCUUUACAGCAGAGCCUUUGAAAGAGUCAACACUCUGUUCAGUGCCCCGGUAUCACAGUGAUUGUCACACAGGCCCAAACUUCAGCUAAACUGAUGAAAUCCACUCAGGUCUGCAUGUGAGGAGAAACUCUGAGGCAGAUUAAUUCAGAGGCUGCUGCUGCAGAGCCAUUAGAGGAGAACGCUCGAAAUGUGUAAUGAGUGCGGGUGUCACAGGUGAUGUUCAACAUGCAGCAGCAAAAUGACUUCAUGAAUUCAUAACGAGAAGCUGAUUGAUCCCCAAACAACCCACAAACAUUAGUUAAUGGGAGUCAAGAGCGUGAGGUCGGAGUGGAGCCAAAAAACAAACGAUGUGACAAAACUCCCGAAACACACAAAGUUCUCGCUCUGAUCGCAAUCGGAGGCUGGGAUAACGAGAUGUGGAGGCUGAACCCACAGCAGUGCUCGUCAAUCUUUUAAUCAAAUCUUUUCUAUUAAACACGACUCUGAGCCGCGACUCCCUCCUCCUCCUCAUCUGCUCCGUUAGAGAAAAGGCGCAAUUAAUCAGAGAUCAUUAAUAUCUCUCUCGUCAUGGCAGCUGGAAAUCCUGUUACAGCUGAGCAGUGGGGAGACAAAAACGUGAUGACCCUCCACAUUCAUUAAAUCUCAUCCAGGAUGUGUAGCUUUGGACACCUGAAGGAGGAAGAGCGACGGUAGGAGAAGAGAACCUGAAGGCUUAUGUUUAGUGGUGGGUCUGCAUCAUUCUGAACAGAUUCAGAGGACGAUCACUAAACUAUAGUUUAAUAAGGCCAAACUCAUCUCAAGGUUUCAGUCAUUCUGAAUAAUACCCUGAAUAUAACAGACUGAACUUUGCCAAUUGACCUCCUUCCUCCUGCGUUGCUGUCUACAAUCUGAAAACAAGUCAAAAUGAUCAUCUCUAAGCAGAUUUCUGCAGGGCCCCAUUACAAUUCAGGUAAUAUCCAUUUAGGCACGUCAUAAAUACGUCAGGUAACAAUUCAAGGACACCUGCUCUUCUUCUACUGUUCCAUUGUUGGAUGUUAAUAUUCAAGUUUCUAAUUAAGAGGUCAAAAAGUCGGACACAGUUUUUUUUCUACUCUUUUGUAUGAUGUCACCCAGAGAGGA